AUGAUCGUUAACAAAACGCCCAACUUAAGAAAACCGAUAAAUUAUUUCAUCGCAAAUAUGGCCUCGUCCGAUUUGCUGUAUCCAAUAUUCACUUGUCCAUGGUCCUUGUUAUUGUUGCACACAUCACGGAUUAUCGGUGUUCUGUUUGGCCAAGCCUUGUGUAAGCUAUAGCGUGUUUUCUUUGGUGAAGUUCCGCUGUGGCUUCUACUCAAAAUCUGACACUGAUAACUGUUACAGUAGAUCGAUUUGGAGCCGGUAGUGUUUCCACUCCGUUCCCCACGACUCAUGAGAUCCAAGAUUUGCCCUUUCUUUCUUCUUGCGACGUGAACAGUUGCAGUAGCUGUCAGUUCACCAUACUUUUUCGUUGGAAACUCAGAACGGGUGCAGUGUAAAGCCAGAUGGGAAGAAGCAAUCGCAGAAUGCUUGUCCUCUCCAGACUUCAGACUGGCGUCCUUUAUAUUGUUUAUCUACAUCCCUGUGCUGUUGUUAGUUAUUUUUUACUCUAUCAUUCUUAUCAAACUCAGGACACAGGCGCACCCAGGUGAGCAGUCGUCGAACAUUGAGCAACAGCGGCAAAGAAGAAACAGAAACGUGCUUUGUAUGUCCAUUGCUAUCAUUUCACUGUUUGUGUUUUGCUGGUUACCAUUCAUGACUAAUAUUUUGAUAUUAAGUUAUAUAGGGGCAGUUCCAUUCAUUUUUCCUGUAAUUUCAGGCAAUACUAUGUGGUCAACUCUGUGGUAGCUGCCGCUAACUGUGCUUUCAACCCGAUUAUCUGCUUCACAUUUAGUAGCAAUUACUUGCUUGGUCAUAAAAGACUCUUGAACAGGUCUACUGAUUUAAAGCAGUAAGUUUAAAAAAUAUGUGCUUGUCAAUGAAUAAGUUAUAUGUUCAUUCCGUGGGAUGCCUGUGGCACUCCCACGGUAAAAAUCCAGUUCGGUUGUACCCAAAAUUGCAAAGCCAGCCAAUAGGAUUGCCUAAAAUCUUUAUCGAUUAUCUCUUCUUCCAAGCCGACCAAUCAGAUUGUACAAAAUCUGUAUCGAUUUUUAAUCGACUUGCCUCCUCUGAAGAACGUUGGAAUAUAAUACACCAUGUCUCAUUGCAACUCUUAUUAUAAUAUAAGUUUUUGUAUUUUUAACUUUAUAAUCAAGCAGUUCCUUAGAGUGUUUUAGUAUAAUUUUACAAUGGUUGGUGUACAACCUCGGGUAUAAAUAAUAAAUAUAGUAAAUGAAUAAAUAUUUAUCAUAUUUAUUAUAUUCCUGAAAAUCCAAUCUAGCCACCUUAACGAACCUCUUCAUUGAAUAGAUAAAAAGAGGCAAAGGUGGGCUUCAGUUAUCGAAUUAACAAGAUAAGAAAUCAGAAGAAAAACAAAUUUUAGUAAACGGAGAAGUAGAAUUUCGUUAUUUUUAUUAAUUAAUGUACAAAAAAACUUAGAAUAUCUAGUUAGAGCUUAUAGGUUUUGUUUACUUUUCACCCGGGCACAUAAUUCCCACUCUUCUAAAUAAUAUUAUAAACGGCAGAAAUUAAUUUUCAGCCACGGGAUGUUUUUUUAGACAAUAAAUAAUGUUUUGCCUGUUAAAUUUUGACCUCCUUUGUUUGAAUUAAUAAUUGUGUGGUUGGUGAGUCUUUUACUAAAGAUGACAAUGAACAAAGAGUUUGUUAGUUCUGCAUAUUUGUUAAAUGAUAUGGCUGGUGAGCCUAUUACAGCAUUCAACACACCUGUUUAAACUCUAAGCCCGUAUUGGUUUUCAGAUAUCCAUUGCAUCCGUUUCUAGACACUUGACCAAAGACAUUAUUUGGUGGCUUUUUAUUACAGUGCAGUGAGUGGCCUUAUGGUUCAUGUGACAACGUACACAAUACGUAAUAAAUCCGCUCAAUUUAGAAAGGGCUGUGCAGCUGUGCUAAAGCUUCGCAGGGGGGCUUACAAUAGCCAAUAAAACUAAACAAGAAAAAGCAGGAUACACAAAAUACGCCGGAACAGUUUUUGUUUGAGCCUACUUAACUACAUGAGUACAACCUCGUGCAUAUGCAGGAAAGCUAAGCGUGAACUCGACAGCGAACUCAUCAAGCACGGAGUCUUGGAACUGCUCUACUAUUUGAUAGUUCCACAGCGUUUAAAAUCAGAAGAACCGUUGCCAUCUGUCUGAUCCUUCUUGUUUCACUGCCUGGAAAUUCUCUCAUUGUAAUGCUCGUUUAUAAAACGUCCAACUUAAGAAAACCCAUAAAUUAUUUCAUCGCAAACAUGGCCUUUUCCGAUUUGCCGUAUCUACUAUUCAAUUGCCGCCUGCUCCUCUUAUCGUUGCACACAACAUGGAUUAUCGGUGGCCAGCUUGGCCAGGCCUUGUGUAAGCUUAUCAGUGUCUUUGCUGAAGUUUCCGCUAUCGUUUCGAUUCAAAGUCUGAUUUUGAUAGCGGUGGAUCGAUUUGGGGCCGUGGUAUUUCCACUCCGUUCACCACUUAUCAGAUCCAAGUUGUGCCCCUUCUUUAUUCUCGCGACCUGGAUUGUUGCAGUAGCUGUCAGUUCGCCAUACUUGUUCGCCGUGAAACUCGUUGAUAACUCAGGGAAAAUGUACUGUACACUCAGAUGGAAGGAAGCAUUCGGAGAGUCCUCGUCCUAUCCACACUUCAAACUAGUGAUCUAUAUCUUGUUUGCCUACAUCCCUGUACUGUUGUUAGUCAUUCUUUAAUCCUUCAUCUUUAUCAAACUCAAGGAACAGGUACACCCAGGUGAACAUUCGUCCAACAUUGAACAACAACGACAAAGAAGAAACAGAAACGUGCUUCAUAUGUCCAUUGCUAUCAUUUCAGUGUUUGUGUUUUACUGGUUACCAUUCAUUACUAAUAUUUUAAUCGAUAAUUAUCGGAGCAGUUUCAUAUAUUUUUCCUGUAGUUUCUGGCAAUACUAUCAUGUCACCUCUUAUGUAGCUGCCGCUAACUGCGCUUUCAACCCGAUUAUCUGCUUCGCUUUUAGUAGCAAUUACCGGUUUGGUCUUAAAAGACUCAUAAACAAUUCUUCUGGUGCACAGCAGUAA